CCACCUUCUCUCUCAUUACAUCACCUUCUUCUCUUCUCUACUCUCUCUAUAUAAAUACUCUUCAUUCUCAUCUCUUCCUUCCUCCAUCCAUUCUCAAUCAUGAAGCGCCAACGAGUGGUGAGUGUGACCGGUUUCGAAGCUGCAGAAAUGGCCGCCACGGCCAAGAAGAAGAAACCCAGUAAGGCUCAUCCAGGAACUGAUCAGAAGGCCCUGCUCAAGAACGCGGAGGAGGAGGAGGAUGAGAAGAAGAAACAAGUGGUGGGAACUGAGGAAAAUGUUUCGGGUUUGGCUAACUGGGACGAGAACUGGCCUUGCUGGAUUGCUGAUUUCGUCGACGAGCAAAUGUCGUGGGGUUCUGUUUGGUUCCCGUUCUGGGAUACGGAUUUCUCCGGCGAGGCUUUCGGUGCUCUGUACGGUGACGUUGAUUGGGACGACGAUAUUUGGGAUUUGAAGAAGGAAAUCCCAAAUCCUUUCGAAGGUUGAUUAUUGCACUUCGUGUGGAGAAGAAGAAGGAUGGUCCUGAGAUUUUGUCAAACUUAUAUUGUUAUGCUUUCUGCUCUGCUCUCUAUCUGCUUACUUAGGAAUGAAAUGAAAUAUAAUAUUUAGGUCUUGCAAUCGAUCCUGUAGCUUAAGGCUAUACUUUGUUUUGAUUACGUUCCUUGAUCAAAAUGAAUAAGCAUCUCUAAUUGCAUUAUUCAUUAACUUAAUUUCUGUAUGCCAUAUCAGUUUAGAAUGCCAAACACAGAUCUGUCCUUCUGCAGAAUUAUUCAGUGGACGAUGCAGCCUCUUUGGUUCUCUAAUCGUUUGAAAUAUAAUGGCCCUUUCAAGUUGAGAGGCUGAGAUA